AUGGAGUUCACAAGGACGUUGGAGGUGAGAGGGAACGAGACACUGCAAGCACAGCCAAGCUCAUCGAUUGCACCGUACCACACGGCGCUGAACGGUGUAAACCAGCCCAUGAAUAUUCUGUUCCGAAAUGUCCUCUGGUGGACGUUGGGUAUCGUGGGCAUGAUUGUGCUACUCGUUAGAAUAUUGGAGAUCCUGUGGGCCAAGCUUCGACAAGUUUCAGCCAUGUCCAUGCCUCGAGAGAAGCAGUCAUACUGGAAGUUCUCUCAGUGGGGCUGGAUGCCGGCCAUGAAGAAGCACAUGAUAUAUGCGCCUCUGUGGAACAAGCGUCACAACCGGGAAAUCAGGCUUUCUUCCGUCGUCAACGUGGGCACGCUGCCCUCCAGACUACACGCCAUCCUCCUUCUCUCCUACCUGGGCAGCAACGUCGCCUACCUAUUCUUCCUCGACUGGAAGGUUCGGAAUAAAUACGCCCUGUGCGCCGAGCUCCGUGGCCGCUCAGGCACUCUGGCGGUGGUCAACAUGUUGCCACUGAUCAUCUUUGCAGGUCGCAACAACCCCUUUAUUUGGAUGCUCAAGAUCAGCUUCGACACAUACAACCUGUUGCAUCGAUGGUUGGGGCGGAUUGUGGUGAUUGAAAUCUUCAUACACACAGUCGCGUGGGCCAUCCCAGCCGUCGCUGACGAGGGCUGGGGUGACGCUUUCCGAAGCGUCACGGAGGGUAGCUUUAUCGGAUCUGGGUUUAUCGGCACCAUCGCCUUGGUUCUGUUGAUGAUUCUGGCCGUCUCGCCUCUUCGGCAUGCCUUUUAUGAAACGUUUCUCAACGUCCACAUCCUGCUGGCGUUGGUCGCCUUUGUUGCUACGUGGGUUCACUGCGCAACUUCGGGCCUUGCGGGUGGCUUACCCCAGCUACCCUACAUCAUGAGCGUCAUGGCCCUAUGGUUCGCCGACCGGUUCGUUCGAUUUCUCAGGCUUGCCUACACGAAUUGGUCGAGGAAGGGAUUCACCGACGCCUAUUGUGAAGCCAUGCCGGGAGAGGUCACUCGAGUCACCCUCCACCUUCCACGAUACAAGGACAUACGACCGGGGACACACGCCUACCUACGAUUUGCCGGCAUUACUUCUUGGGAGAGCCAUCCGUUCUCCAUUGCGUGGGUAGAACACUCUGGCGGCGAGGCUUUACCCACAUCCGAAAAGUCGCCGCUCAAUGGCGUGGUUGAUAAGUCGCAAGCGACGACGGUUGUUUCCUUCAUCAUCGGAGCGCAGACUGGCCUGACCCGCAAGCUCUUCCAGGAAGCCAGUCUGUCGCCGAAAGGGGUCCGCCUCCGAGCAGCAAUGGAAGGUCCCUAUGCUGGCCACCACAACCUUGACUCGUACGGACACCUUGUCCUGUUCGCCGGGUCGACGGGCAUCACACAUCAAAUCUCGUACCUGAGACACCACCUGCAAGGCUACAAUGACGCCACUGUCGCCACCCGGCGUCUUACGCUCAUCUGGGUGGUCCGAACCUACGAGUCGUUGGAGUGGAUACGGCCGUUCAUGGACACGGUUUUGCAAGUACCCAAUCGCAAAGACGUGCUCCGAAUUCAAGUCUUUGUGACUCGGCCCACCAACCCGCAGGACAUUGUGAGCACGAGCUCGACGGUCACCUUGUUCCCCGGUCGACCCAACAUCCCGCUACUGCUCAGCAAGGAGGUGCAAGAGCAGGUUGGUGCCAUGGUGGUCAGCGUCUGCGGGCCGGGGGCGCUUGCGGACGAUGUGCGUGGUGCAGUCAGAGCGGUUCAGGGCGACACCGUGGUCGACUUUAUCGAGGAGAGCUUCACGUGGUGA